UUUUUUAAACAUCGUUCUAAAAUCUUUUGAAUUUUGAGAUUUUAAACCAGAAUACAGAAUUCAACCCAGAAUUCCAAUCUCAUUAUGAUGCAACAAUUAGGCAAGAUUCCUUGGCUAAAUAUUACAACUCUAGAAUGUUACAACAAACAGAAGAACCAACGAAAAAAAAACGUAAUCAAUCACUUAACCAUAACUUAAUUGUAUACUUUUUAAACUCUUUGUAAUUGGACGAAAUUUGCGGAGGUGAGACUGAAUCUGGAGAAUGAAUCCCAAUAGCUGGUCAGAAAACAAUAGCCUAAUGUGUAAAAAAAAAAAAAUCUGGCUUUUAAGUAAAUCAGUAAAAGUAGGCCUACUCACUAGCAUUUACUAGAUUAUACCAAUUACCCUGAGGGUAACUGAAGUUUGAAAUCUGGCAUGGUCUAACAGUUUUAAGAAAAUGACAGGAACAAAUCAAAAAUAACUACUACAUGUUUCUCCAUAUAUCAAUGCAGAGAUGGGUUAGUACACUGGAGAAAUAAUUGACUGAAAGUGAGGAGAAAGGCAACACGAUGAGGGAGGAAUAAGAGAAAGAAAGACAAAGAGAAAUGGAAGGGCUGCUGACAAUGAGAAAGGAGAUUAAGACUUGUAACAAGGUAGACCACAACCGAUGGAAGCUGGAGAGAGAGGUGUUGGAGAAAGUCAACAAGGUGUGGAUGGAAUCAGAGCUAGCAAAGAGAAAGGCUAAUUGAAGAGUUGCUGAGGCAGAUAAGGGAGACUGAGGCUCCUAUUGAGGUACACCACUACCAAUGGAAGCUAGAGAGAGAGUUGUUUGAGAAACAGAGAGAAAGCGUAGUGUCAGACAGAAAGAAGAUGGAGCUCAAGAUGGCAAAGCUGAAGGUGCAGAACAUACUGAACUUGGCCGAGAUAGGAGAGGUGACAGUGGAGAGUACUAAGCUGUUAGCUGAGAAUGAAAGGAAGAGAGAGAUGUUGGAGAAACAGAAAAAGCUUAGUGGCAGACAAAGAAAAACUAGAAGUCAAGAUGACAAAGGUGACAAUGCAGAACAUACUGCACUUGGCCAAGAUAGGGAAGUUGACCGUGGAGAACACGAGGCUGUUAGCAGAGAAUGAAAGGCAGCGAGAGGUGUUGGACAAACACAGAGAAAGUGCAGCAGCCGACACACAAACCUUGAUGGGCAAGGUAUCAAAGGUGAAGAUGUCCUUGGCCAAGUUAUGGAGGUUGAGAGUGGAGAACAAGAAGAGAUUGUUAGCUGAGAAUGAAAGGGUGGUGAAGGAGAGGGUGAGAGAGAGGAAUGGAUGGAACCUCAUAAGAAAUGGUUUGAAGGCAGAUUUGGCCAAAGCAGACCUGGAGAGGAAUCAGACCUUAGUAGGCUGGAAGGAGGACAGGGGGAGAUGGCCAAGGCCAAGGCUGGCCUAGAAAGAAUCUGGGAUCAACAGGGGGAAAGAUGGAUGAAGGAGAAGGAGGAGAUUAAGAGAAGGAGCACACAGGCAGCAGAGGAGUGGAUGAUUGAACUGAGAGAAAAGGAGAGAGCGAUAGAGGCCCUGGAAAGAGAAAAGAUGAGGAUUCUUUGCCUGCAUGGACAAGAGAAGAAGGGAUGGAAGAUGGAAAAGGAGAGGUUGGCGCUUACAUGGGAGUGGGAGAGAACGAAUAGUGAAAUUGAGAAAAUGCAAAGCGAGAAAGACAGAUGGCCAAUAGAGAAGAGAGAUAUGGUGGAGAGGAUGAAAGAGGCAUACAUAAAGCUGUACCAGAUGCAGACUGCCCUGAGGUUCGGAGAGCAAGAGCAGCCACAGAAGGAAACUAAAACUGCCCAGAGAGUCAGGGCAAAGCUAGAGAAGAAGAAGAGGAAAGAAAGAGAGAUGUUGGAGAAGAACAAAGUGAAAGAGCUGCUCAGAGCUAGAAAAGCAGAGAGUAAGGAAGAAGUGAGGAAGAAUAAGGAGAGGGUGAAGGCCCACAUGGGCGAGGUGACAAGGAACUAUAACUGUCACGACCUCCGCCAAAGUCGUCUCUUCUCCUUGUUCGGGCUGCGUUCGGCGGUCGACGUCACCAGCUUUCUAGCCAUCGCCGCUCCAUUUUUCAUGUAUCCAUUUGUUUUGACUUGUUCCCUGCACACCUGGUUUUCAUUCCCCAUUCAAUCUACAUGUAUGUAUUCCUCUGUUCCCCAUCGUGUCUUUGUGUAAGAUUGUAUGUGUUACGUGUAUUUUGUCUAUUGGUGUUUUUGUUACGCACCAGACAUCUGUCUAUGUUCCGUGUUUUGGGCACGUUGUUUGUGCUUUUGAUAUUUUACCGGAAUAAUGUGUGAGCCUGUUCACUUCACUCUGCUCUCCUGCACCUGACUUCGCCUCCAGUACACAUCAAGUGACCAUAACAAAAGGAAACAGAGGGAGAAAGAGAGAGAAAAGCUGUUGAAAAAAAGCACAUGGCAAAGAAAAUCACAUGGCGUACAUCCCAGACAACUGAAGAAGAAGUCAGAAUGCAACACAGAUGGAAAAGUAAAUACCGUCAGCUGGCACUGGUUAGAAUUUAAAUUCAGUCUUCUUUCAUUUAGUGGAAUACUUCAUCAAUUAAAUAUUAUGAGCAUUUGA